AUGCUCACGUCCGGGGGAGGCAUUUGUGGCAAUGGCGGGAACACAGCCGUUAAUGGUAAUCUGGUGCUGCUGAGCGUGUACAAGUUGAAUACACAGGCAACUACGGCUGCUGUUCGUGCCACGAGCGUCGCCCCGCUUAGCUGCGUACCCUUUGAUUCAUACGAUUGGACCCGUUAUGUGCUCAGCGCUAAGAGUUCUAGCCGCAACUCUGACCUUAUCACCAUUAUUUUGGAUCCGGAGACAAACUAUGCUGCAUCACUUAAAGCGCUUAUUCAACUGCAGUUUGGCAACGAAAAACUUACAGAGUCACUAUAUCCAUUGUUACUUUACAAGGCAUUGCGCGAGGGUCGCAAUGAGAGCGUAUGGAAUGGAUACAAGAAGUUUUUGAACGAUGAGAGGCAAGGGCGCGUAGCGGUACGACCAAGAGCUCGCACUACUUGGCCAAUACUCUCCGAUGCAAAGAUGCAGAUGCAGCGCUUUGUACUUUGGGCCAUGCUAGACACGCACCGGAUUAAGGCGAUGGAACAAUUUUACCAAAGUGAAGUAGUCGGCAAGUACAAUCGACAAGGUAUCCAUGAGGCGGACUCACUGAAUUUUUUGUUGCGUAUGGAAUGCACGAGUAAAGUGAUAGGUCAGCAGGAAGAAGGACUUCGACUUCGACUAGAAACGCUGCUUAAAAUGUUGGAGCAGCAUAGAUUCCAUACAAGCUACUCGUCUUCCCAUGCUCUUUUCAGACUGAUCGUCCAUCGAUCAGAAGUUUUCGAAGCGACUCCAAGUGACGAAGAAAAUGCUAAAGAAGCCUAUGUUGACAAAAAUCACAGAGCCACAGCGACGGGUGAAAUGAUUAUCGAGUACAUAGAGCGAUUUCCGUGUGCAAUGGCACUGGAUCCAAGGCGAAUUUCGAUCGCAAUUAGCGCUGCGGCAGCCGCCGGUCAGCACGAUGCAGCCGAGCUGCUACUUCAGUAUGGAUUGAAGCAUCGUGUACCAAUCAGUGCCGGAUCGUUCGCGCAUGCUGUUGAGGGCGCCCCGGACGAUAAAAAACGUUCAAAUAUCGCUGAUUUGUACGUACAUGCAAAGGAAUGCGAUCUUAUUUACACAACUGAGGGAUCAGACGGCAGCAUAGUCAAUCAUCUACUGUUUUACGCUAUAAUGGAUGGCAAUUUUAAGCACACCAUAGAACUUCUACACGAAAUGCAGCUUAAUAGGACCAUCGCCAACAAUCGAACAGUGCGUGAGCUAUUUCGAAGCAUCGCUAGGUAUCGAGCACACAUCCGUAAGGGAGACGACCGAAAAGGCGCUAGCAAAUUACUGAUUGAAUGUCCAACGAUAUUGGGACUGCUCAAAAGUUUUCCAAAUGUCAUUCCAUGCACUGUACACUCGUUAUCGCAAGGAAUCCUGCAAAGCUUGUAUGCCGGAGACCUGGCUGUAGCGCUGGAGAUCAUGCGUGUAGCUUGCUUUUAUGAUGUGAAAUUGCGGGCAGAGAUUUACUCUCAGUUACUUUAUCCACUACUCGCAAGUGGACAACGAGGUGGAGACGAAUCUAGCGAUGAAUGUGUGUUUGAUUGCUUGCAAGUCGAGCAGUGUUUUGAUCAACAAUACCCAAAUGAGCAUACGCAUCUAAAAUCGUUAGUCGUCAAUAUUUGUCAAGCCAAUGACGAUUUCACGACUAUGUUGGUGUGUCUUGACCGCUGGCAGGUACAAGGUCAUCCGCCAAUGAGUCGGCGGAUGGUAAAGCGUGUGUUCGAGGUGAUCUCAAAGCAAAUUCAGAAGCUGCAGAAAAGGAGCAAAGUAAGCGUGUCCGGUACCGUUUUUGUCGUGAAUAGCAUGGAACUUUCGUAUCUGGCAUUUCUUGUUCGGUAUCGCUCGAUUGUGACUUGGGAUUCGUGGACAAUCGAGCGCGCGAUUAUCCGUGCUCGAACUAGUGGCUUGUACGCUGAUGUAAUGGCGUUGAUGGCUGAAGCCAGCUCCCGCGGUUGGAAGCUUAGUAGCACUGCAUAUAUUGUAUCGCUCUGUGUUCUUGAAGAGGUUUGUGAUCCUCUUGCAGUCGUUGCUUGUGUCGAAACCAUCAAAGCGAAUGAUGCUUGGGAAAAAGUCAAGAGGAAGGACCCGGGGGUGCAGAAUAUUCUGAGCAGAGCUAUAGCUAAUGGUAUCCUAUUCGUCAUCAGUACUGUUGCUGCACGAAUUGCAACACUUCUGCUCUGCUCUGCACAUCUCCCAUAUCUCCAUUUCAAGCAUCUGCACCAGUCUGCAAUUCGGUUUGAUAAGCGGAGACUUGGCGUGAUGGCAGAGCUUGAGUAUACACAAAUGCUUCAAGGUAUGCAGUCGGAAGAGGCUAAGCGGGCUCGACAGAGGGAGCACGUUAAAAAUAGCUAUUACCGGAAGCAGAACCUUGUUAAAGCUUUGCGGAUAGAAGCAAGUGAGUUGGAGCUUAAGUACGCACGCACGUUUCAGCUAAAACAGCAACAAUUAGAGUGGCGCGAUGUCGCGGGAGCGCUGGGUUGUGAGGAAGAGCGCAAUCACUCGGACGACUUAGUGGAGCAAUACAUGCAGCUAUCUAUCAAGAAGCAGCAGCUAGUUCGAGAAAACAAGGAAUUGGAGCGAAUGACAUCAAAAUUUUCUAAGUUUCAGCUGAAGAUGCAGCAGCUUGUAGACUCCGAGCCAAAAGUCAAGCUGGAGUCACCUUCAGUCGAGGAGAAUGAUAUGGUGUUAGAACCCUUCACCGUUUCCGAGUGCCACCAACUUGCCAGUCACGCAUUCGGCGAGAUCGCAAAGUUUAUGAAACACAACACUUACCUCACAUCCGGUCUUGAAUUAUUUGGCUGGCGGGAACAGCGACGUGAGGAGCCGGAUCAUGUUAAAUUUACGCUUAAGAAGUACUUUAUUGGUCACACUCCACUAAAUUUGUCAUUGCGCGCUUGGCGCGUGGUGUCUUCCCCACGAGGUCUUGCAGGACUUUACUCAUCUGCCAUGCGGUUGUCACUUAAAGUGCUUCAAGUCGUGGAUGACUACAAUGUCAUCAUGUAUCGUGUAAUUACAAACCCAACCACAUUGGGGACAGUCAAGUCGUUAUUUCUGGUCUCGCGGUUUCAGAUGGACACUGGAUACAUCAUUCUUUUUCGAUCGAUCGACCGUAAUCGAUUGCGAAAGUUUUGUUCAGACGGCACGAUCGCAGACUGGGAUACUGAGCCAGACAAGUGGUUGGACAUGUUCACAUGGACUCUCUUCGAAGAAGAUCUGGACAACAUUAAUGCUCUCACUUUCAGCUACGGUGGUAUCGUGUACAGCACAAAGGCAUUAACUACGCGCGUGUGGAUGCUUGAGAUUUUAUCGCUGGCAUUGCGAUGGGAGAAUAAGGUUGUUGGGCCACCUUUGAUGCUAAGCAGCUGA